ACCAUGGACUGUGUCAAUGUGAAAGUGUUUUCGCAUUAAAAUUUAGACCCCAUUGUUCAAAUCUUUCCGGGUAGGUGUUGGGAAAAAGCCGCAUUAGUGCAACUUGCGUAAGACACCGCGUUUAGACUCUAGAUGUAACGUAUUAAGUGCUAUGACUACGAUAUUCGAAAUGUUUUUGAGAUUCUAAGUGCAGCAGCUAGAGCAAUGAUGAAUGUGCCAUCUCAAGAAAAUGUCGGACUGCUGUCAUCAGACGAGGGCGGGUGUAGCGGGGAGUCUUCAAGCGAGGACGAGGUGACUGAACACGUCACCCGGUCCACGCCACCGCCAGACAUGGCCGCCGCCAGGGCACAGGUCCCCACGAUCAGCGUGACCCCGCACAGCCCGGGCGUCCUCGAUGACAGCCUGCAACAGCUUCGCCGGCUCAACGCCGCUGUGCAGCGUAUGCGGGUGGCUCCGUUGCCUUUAUUGGCGACAGGCACGAGUCGCCUCAGCACGUCCUGCCCAUCGCUGUGCAAAGACGGCAAUGCUGAGCCAGAUUGCUCCUCACCCACACAUCUUGACUUUUACCCACAGAGCAGAAAGGGCAGUGGCGAGUCCCGGCAAUGGGGGCUGUGGGAGCGUCGCGACGAAGGGCGCCGCAGCUCGUGGGCGGCGCUCGAGCCCGGACCGAGGCAGCACGACGCGCAUCGCCCGCGCAGGUAA